AUGGAAGAAGAAGAUCGCUCAUCUCUACCUCUACGCAUUCCAGACAGGAUUUUCGCGGUGGACCAUGAACCAGUCGGCGUUAGAGUAACGCCAUACCACAAACCCUAUGCCAUUAGGCAAAUACUCAACGCUCUCGAUCCUGAAGAAGUAGACACCAUCAGGGGCUCAUCGCAGCUAUUAGUCUCAAGCAAACACGAAGCUUGGUUCAUAUUCGCAGGCAAACCUGUACGUUUUUCUCUUCGAGAGUUCGCCUAUGUAACUGGGCUAAACUGUCGCAAGCUUCCCAAACACACAAAAAAAAGAGCCAAGAAAAUUAUCUCGGAAAAACCAUACUGGGGGGAGCUUUUUGGGACACUGAAGGAGGUCCCCGUCACUUAUGUUGUAAGAAUGCUAAAGAAAAGAACCGUCAAAGAUAGCUGCAUUCGUGUGAAAUACGCUCUAUUAGCUUUACUAGCUGCUGUUAUUCUACCAACCACGCACACACCGCGUAUCUCACAAGAUCACGCAGAGCUUAUCAAAGACAUAGAUGAUUUCUUUGCAUACCCAUGGGGCAGAGUAUCCUUUGACAUGCUCAUGAGUAGUAUUAAAGAGAGGAAGGAGGUUUCACUGUCGCAAAACACCAUUGCUCUGAAAGGAUUUGUGCUUUCACUACAGCUUGUAAUGGUCGAAGCCAUCCCCGCUCUAACAGAGGUUGUCAACGAUGGAUCCUCAUCUGGCUCAGAAAGUGACGGCUGUGAGGAAGAUGAUCUAGUAGAUGAAGAUAAGAAUGGGAAGCGGAGCCUCAGCCCGGGUCAUGCUCGCGCCAUCGACGCAGCUGGAGAGGUCGCAGUUCAUUCUAUAAUAGUAGAAGAAAAAGAACACUUCAAAGCGUCACCUGAUCUUGGCUGGUCGGACGACGAGGAGGAUCCUAUCGUGGACAAUUUGAUGAGUCUACUCGAGCAGCAAUUUCCCUUCAACAAGUCAAGCUUUACCGGCGGCGUAACUAAGCUAGAGGUCAAUAGGAUGCGCGAAGGUGCAAAAACAGAGGCAAUUAACCGGAAAACAGUGAAGCCAAAGCAGACAAAACAGACAACAACCUCAGAGGUCAUAGAUGUUGAAUCAGUUGCAUCGAUGGUCAGAGACAAAGUUAGAGAAGAUCUUUCCCGGAUUGAGAGGAAAUUAAGCACACUUUCUGAAUCUUUCAUCACCUUCCAAACCAAUGUCCUAGAAAGCAUCCAACAAUUGGUUCGUAAAUUGGAGGUUUCUUCUGGCCAGAUACCAGCCCUGAACGGAGGACAAGGGAUUCAGCCAGUGAUACACACCGGAAAUCAGACACAGCGCGACAGCCAUGAAGAGAUGAUAACUGACCAUCCCCCCGUUGCAAUCCUAUUCUCAAAUCAAGCAAAUAUAUUUUCUGUCGAUGUUGCAAGUAACACAUCCGCUUCGUUGGUCGUUGACAAUCCCCCACCACCAUAUUCCCUUGGCCGUGAAGGAAAAGUUGCUGAUCAUAGGCAAAGUUCAGCAGAUAUGAACCUUGACCCUGAGUUACUAUUCACAAAACCAACCUUCUCCCUAGGUCUAACUCAGGAGGAACGUCCACACCUGAAAGAGACUGUCACUGAAGGGGUUAGCAUGUGUGAAAAUGACGUUGAUCAUAGUCAAAGCUCACCAGAUACGAAUCUUGACCAUGAGUUACCAUUCCCAAAACCAACCUUCUCCCUAGGGCUAACUCAGGAGGAACGCCCGCACCAGAAGGAGGCUGCCACUGAAGGUGAAACUACGUGCGCAAACGCUGCUGGCAAAGAAAUUUGCGAACAGGAUGAUCAGCUGGGUGCCUGCCGGAAAAGUAAGAGACUUAAGGCCCUACCCAAGUCUCUGGUGGGACAGUAUGAAUGCGACAUGCGUCUCCUCAAUCGGGCCCGAGUAGCAUUUGUAGAUCCCGACAACACAGGCGGGAACAUUGAUUACGCUGCAAAGUUCUCUUCCCUCCUCGAUAAACUGAAGACACCAUUUACAAUACGCAUUUGCCAAUCAACGCUAGAGAGCAAUGACCUAAAUGAGCUUGUUCAAAGAUCCUCUCCCUUGCCACCAAAGGUGGUUGAUGUUCUCAUUGGCCAUAUCAGUUCACAGUUUACGCUAAACUCACCCCCAAACCAGUCCAACCACCCUGUGUUCAUGGACACUCAGUUUGUUUCCCAGCUCUCAAAACUGUUUACCAACUUUUCUAAGAUGUCGAAGAAAGAGUCCUUCUGCAGCCGGUCAAUUGUUCUGAUGGACUGCAACAUAGCACUCAGGACUGACAGCAUGAUGGUGAAAGAGGUUACUCCCAUUGCUCAGAUGUUUCCAUACCUGCUGAAACAAGGGGCUAAACAGCUUCUGCACAAAGAUGCUAGAGCAUUUCCCAUUGAGAGACCUCGUAGCAUUCCGCAAAAUACAUCUCAUGCGGACUCUGCUGUGUCAGCCCUUCUUCUCGUGCAAGCUCACGCCGUCGCAGGUGUCGACCUCUGCAAAUGCAUUACCCCUGAUAAAAUCGGCAGCGAAGUUGAAAGGCUGGCGGUUAUGUUUUACGAAGCCACCGUGGGAAUGCUCUAA